GCGCUCCCGGCCCGGCCGGGGCUCGGAGCCUUCCCGUGAGGGCGACCGAGCGCCCUCCCUCCCCCGGCGCCUCGGGGCCGACCGGGGCGAGGAGGAGGAGGAGGGGCCGGGCGGACAUGGCUAGCCGCGAUAAGUGGGAACGCCUGAGGCCGCUGCAGCCGGACACGCUGCGUGUGAGUGAGCCACCAGUAACCAACCUGAAUGUGCACAAAGAUGGACAGCUUGUGAAAAAAACUGUGGAAGUCAAAAGGCCACGAUUUGAUGCGUCCUUGGUGCUUUUGACACGAAGAUUUAUGGCUCUUCUCAAAAAAGCUCCAGACGGUGUUCUUGAUUUAAAUGAAGUAGCAACAGCACUUGGAGUACGAAAACGAAGAGUGUAUGACAUCACCAAUGUGUUGGAUGGAAUCGACUUAAUUCAGAAAAGAUCUAAGAAUCUUAUCCAGUGGAUAGGUUCUAAUCUUGACCAAGUUGUUGGAAAAGCACCAGAGCAGCAAAACCUUAAAGAUGAACUUUCUGACUUGUCAGCCAUGGAAGAAGCUCUGGAUGAAUUAAUCAACAAUUGUGCUCAUCAGAUAUUUGAACUAACAGAUGACAAAGAAAAUGCAAAACUAGCUUAUGUUACAUACCAAGACAUCCGAAGCAUUCAGACAUUUCAAGAACAGAUUGUGAUUGCAAUCAAAGCUCCAGAGGAAACCAAAUUGGAAAUACCAGUUCCUAAAGAUGAUCACAUAGAAGUACAUGUGAAGAGCACAAAAGGACCCAUUGAUGUGUAUCUAUGUGAGGUGGAAAAAGAGAAGCCAGGUGCCAAAACCUGUGAAGAUAUGGAUACUGUCACUUCUGAAAUGGAACCAUCAGUUCCUCCUGAUGAAGUGAGAUCUCCGAGGGAAGAAAAAAACUUUUCUGAGAUGCCAGAUUAAUUACAACAUAAAAAUCCAAUACAGAAUGUAAAUACCUGUGUAAUAGAACUUUUCCAAAGCUGCUUGGAUCUGCAAACUUCAUAACCUGAAACGUUCCAAAGUGUUUUAAAAAAAACAGCAGUGGAUUGAUUCAGUGCUUUCAUAGGAUUACUUAUCUUACCAAGUCAAAAGACACAACAGUUCCUGGAACUGCUUUUAGGAGCCUUGUUUUCAUAAUUGCAUGUGAUCUACAGAGCUUUGGGAAAAUUAUAAGGUAUUUUACCUUAUAAUUUUAAUUGACAAAAACAUAAGUAAUUAAUUGCUUCUAAAAUUGAAGGUUGGAAAACUAUUCCUGGAACAGUCCACAAUCUGUGUGAGAAUGUAUAAAAUGAAGGAAUGCACUUUCAGUUCUGAGUUCUGCACUACAAAGCAGGAUUGUCAAUUACAAGUUUAGCAAAGAAGUAGUGUAUAGGAAGCUUUUGCUAUAAGGAACAAGGUGUAAAUAUCCUGAGGGUUAUGCCUUACACUGUGUAGGUGCUGUUUGCAUUGUUUGCAUCCAGCUCUGCAUGAACUAUGGUGUCAACACUGAAGUGAAAUAAUUGGGCUUUGUGUACAUACCUGUAUUAUGUCUAGGUAGUUACUGAUGUAGAUUUAUUGAGAUAGUUUGCAUUUCUGCCUUUGUACAGCAAAAAAAUAAAAUAAGCUUAAAAAAAUAUGAAAAGUCUAAUAAAACACGUUGGGUUGCCUUUGUUGGAA